UCGCAGUUGUAAGAUGGAAAAUUUUUUUUCUCAACUUCUUACUUCAAACUUUUUAAUCGUCAAUUUUUCAUUAAAAUUGUAAUUUUCUCGCUCGUGUAUUGUUGUCCUUGUUUCUCUCUCGCAAAAUCAUCCUCUACCUCUCUUUUCUUUAUAAUUUUCCAGAUUCUUGAAUAAAUUACAUUCCAUCUUACGAUCCCUGCGACAUUUUCAGAUAAAACGUUACAAGCAAACCUAUUUCUCAAGAUAAAACGCACAGAGAGAGAGAGCAAAACGCUGCAACUCCUCGAACAUUCCCUAUACACGUCGUUUCACUGACGUCAUAUGUUAAUGACUAAUUUAAGAAAAGUUAUAAUUUCGUCCCUUCUGUUUACAUUUCUUUUCGUAACUUUCCCCAACUAUAUCCCACACAAAUGAUUUCUUAUAUGGACGUGUUUAUGUGUAACGGGAUUCAUUCAAUGUACAAGGUGUGUAUAAUCCAGUUUACAUUUAUUAUUAUUAUUUUUUUUAACUAAUUAAAAAUUCGUGAUGGAAAAUUUGAUCGUAGGUAUAUAAAUGGCAUAAAUAAACAUUUGAAUACGAAGAUCCAUGCGAAUCGAAAUUCAAACGCGAACGUACACCACAAUUCGAAUUUUAAUCAAAAUGCCUAUGGUGCUAUUUCCCGACAAUUGGAAAAUCGAUUAAAAUUCCAAUGUCGUCGGUGUUGCCGGUUCGAUAGGUCGAUGAAAAUGUACAGAUAAUACAGCACGUGAAUCUUAAUCUCAGUAGCAAUUUAAACGUUUGAUUAAAAAUAUUCGAGGAAUGAGACGAAAAAAAAAAAAAAAGAAAAAAAUUAAGAAAAAUAUUUUUAUAAUUUUUCAUUCACUAUAUUUCAUUUAUUAAUCCACUUAUUUAUCGAUCAAAGAUUAUAUUAUAGAAAUUUUGGAAAUUUUUUCGACUUUAUCGUGUUUUUCUUUAAACGGUAAAUAAAAAUACACGGAUUGUAAAUAUUUUUAUCUUCGAGUGGACUGGCUUUUCUAACGUUAGCAAUUUAAACGUUUGAUUAAAAAUAUUCGAGGAGAACGAAAAAAAAAAAGAAAAAAUUAAGAAAAAUAUUUUUAUAAUUUUUAUAAGAAUAAACAUAACAAAAAAGGAAGAAACUUGACAAAUCUACGUCGUCGUGGUAAAUAUAAUCGAAAAAUAAAAAUUUUUCAUUGACUACAUUUCAUUUAUUAAUCCACUUAUUUAUCGAUCAAAGAUUAUAUUAUAGAAAUUUUGGAAAUUUUGGAAAUUUUUUCGACCUUAUCGUGUUUUUCUUUAAACGAUAAAUAAAAAUACACGGAUUGCACACGCGUUGUAAAUAUUUUUAUCUUCGAGUGGACAGGCUUUUCUAACGUUAGCAAUUUAAACGUUUGAUUAAAAAUAUUCGAGGAGAACGAAAAAAAAAAAAAAGAAAAAAUUAAGAAAAAUAUUUUUAUAAUUUUUAUAAGAAUAAACAUAACAAAAAAGGAAGAAACUUGACAAAUCUACGUCGUCGUGGUAAAUAUAAUCGAAAAAUAAAAAUUUUUCGUUCACUAUAUUUCAUUUAUUAAUCCACUUAUUUAUCGAUCAACGAUUAUAUUAUCGAAAUUUUUGAAAUUUUUGAAUCGACCUUAUCGUGUUUUUCUUUAAACACGAUAAAUAAAAAUACACGGAUUGCACACGCGUUGUAAAUAUUUUUAUCUUCGAGUGGACAGGCUUUUCUAACUAGCCUCAGAUAUUGCCGGAAAUAAGGAGAAAAGGGAACUGGACGGAGGGGUAGGUAUGCAAGCGUGGUGGCAUUAAUCAUCCUAGGUUUUUAGGCCUACGUGACCAACUCUCCCUUAGGAAUGUCUACGUUAACGCUUUGGUAAGAGUGAAACGGACGAUGGGUUGGAAAAGGACCGCGGUGGUUCGCUAGGGGUAUAUAUAGACGGAAAAGACCAUUCGUGGAUCAUUCCUUGACUAGUAUCCUCAGAGAUACUACCCAAGUUUUCAAGACGGCGAAUUUUCAAGUUUCCCCCGAUCCGCAGAACUUCAUCCAACAAGCCUUCCUGAUAUUGUAUAUAUAUAUAUACAUAUAUAUAUAUAUACUCGAUUAAACAUGGCAUCGAUCGAGCCUACGAAGAACGGGCGACGCCUAUUCGUGUCCAAUUUAUCGCCGUACACGAGCAAAAGGAAAUUAUUAGACAUGCUGAGGCCGUACAACGCUACGAACCUCGUUAUACUGAGAAAGUACACGGACAACAACCAAGCGUUCGUUACGUUCAAGACGAAGGAGGACGCCGCGAACGUGUUGAAAUUGUCGAGGGAGGAAGGAUUUGUUUGCGACCUCAGAAGGUUGAAGAUAUUUGCGGCGUAUCCGAGAAAAUGGCGGAAAGAUAAGAAUGGCGGGAAAUACUCGGUCGAGUUACCCCCGGAUUGUGUCGCCCACAUUGCCAGAUAUCUUCCGUACGCCGACAGGGCGCGUCUAGAGAUGGUCUCUCGCUCUUGGAGGCAGGGCAGCCUGCUAUCCCAUCGCGUCGUUCGCCAUCUCGACUUCGAGGAUUGGCGCUGGCCCGAGAGCAAAUACAUAACGACGAGUUUUCUCGAUUGGAUGGUGACACGCCAGGGUGAGAAUCUUAAGAGCGUCACGAUAGACGACGAAUCUCUCUCGAAAAACUUGAACCCCCGAAUCGUGUGGACCAUCGGCUGCAAUUGUACGCAAUUGACCAGCCUUGAUUUGACGGGGAUAAGAAUUUGGCCCUCCUCCUUGAGGACGUUCAAAUCGUUGAGCCAAUUGAGACAGCUCAGCCUGGGGACAACCGAGGGUCCCAUCGACGCCGAGCUUGGAAAAAUAUUCGAUCAGGCUGUCCACCUUGAGCAAUUUAUUGCGAAUGGAACAAAUAUUUACGGAAAAUGUUUGACCCAUUUGCAUCCUAAUUUGGAAACGCUGGUACUGAGAAACUGCUCUCACUUGGAGUCGCGGCUCGCUUCUAUCACGUUGUCCAAUAUGAAGAGGUUGCAGCAUCUCGAGAUAAUAUAUUGCGCCAAUCUCCGAGAUAACAAUAUCCUGCGCACCCUUAUCGACACGAAUGCCAAUUUAUUCAAGACGUUGUCUUUAAUGAAAUUUCACCAUUGCUCGUUUAUAGAACCUGAAAGAGAUAUAACUUCGGUACUGGUCGCCAGGAUGAGAGAGAAAUCCAUACCUAAAUUGUAUCGCGACUUGAGCCGAUUGAGCGUCGCCUACUGUAUAUGGGUGAAUUACAAUUUCGUUAUGGAGGUCGGCCGCUACAUGAAGAGUCUCAGCUAUUUGAAUCUGAGCGGUUGUAAAAGUAUAAGGGACGAUUACUUGGAGCCGCUCAGAAGCUUGGAUCAACUGAAGAUACUGGAAAUAAAUUCCAUGCAUCCCUCGGUGUCCGUCUUCUUCCUGCAAUCGUUGGAGUCGUUGACAGAGCUCCACUGCAGGAAGAACGUCGGCAUCACGGACGAGGACAUAUGCGGCGUCCUCAAUAAUUGUUCUCAGAUAGCGAUUAUCGACAUGGAGGGUUGCUGCCAAGUAGGCCUCCCUACUUUGAAGCGAGCCGCGAGAAUGGCGAAAAGUCGGAAGAAACUGAUCCACAUGUUCGUUGCUGGUACUAGGAUCAAAGAAUCAAUGGAGUACGAGGAAACCGAGUACUUGCAACUCACUUAUAAAUAUAAACACUUUUGAAUCGAUUAUUGUUAUGUUAUGUUAUGUAGAAAGAAGAAAAGAGAGAAUGCGUGAAAAAUUGUAUAUAUGAAAUUUAUAAAAUUGUACAUACAAAUUUAGGAAAUUUUAGAAGACUGACUUUAAAGAUUUUAAUUUCUUUUAUUUUCUUGACUUUUCGUCGAAUAUUCGUUUGUAUCGUAAAAAAGAAAAAUUAUGUAAAGCGUGAAAAUUGUAUAUAUGAAAUUUAUAAAAUUUGUGAAAUUUUAGAAGACUGACUUUAAAAAUUUUAAUUUCUUCUUAAUUUAAUCUUUUAACUUUUCAUCUAAUAUUAGUGUGUAUCGUAAAAAGAAAGAAAAAGAAUUAUGUAGCGUGUGAAAAUAUAAAAAUUGUACAUACAACUUUGUAAAAUUUUAAAAGACUAACAUUAAAAAUUAUAUUUUUUACCUAA